AUGGAACACAAGGUGGAUUUCUUGAUGAAACGCUACACAUCAGUAUGCCCAGACGUUCGCUCGCGAGUCAACGCCGCCACCAGCGAAUUGUUCGACGUGACUAGUGACGUGUACGAAUUCACAAGCCUGCACGUCAUCGACAACAUGGGACAAGCGAUUGCUACAGGACCGGGACCAGGACUUCCAGCACCAUUUAGAGCCGCUGCCACAUACUUCCAAAUCGAGCUCCGAUUGGUCCCACGGCUGUGUUCCCUACAAACUGACAUUGGAAUCGACCCAACAAAGUUCCCACCAUCUUCCAACAGAGCUGUAUACGUACCAGUGCCAAGAGUCCAGAACCAGAUGGACGUAUCUAUCACUCGCCAAAUGGUAAUGGACCAAGCACAUCACAAGGAAAUCAUUGCAGCAAUGGCAGCACUAGGAGAAGAGUUCUCGAUGAGAGCUGCGACCAGAGACGGAGAGCCCGAUACGAAAAGUGGUCCAAGCAACAGAUCGCAAAGACCCAAUUCCAAGCGCUCGAACAAGCACUCACAGCCACCUACGUUGGACUACAACAGGGAAUGGAGACGCCAAACCAACAACUGGCAAAACUCAACAUGA